AUGAACAUAAUUACAUUAAACUGUCUUAUUCAAGAAAGCAAAAAUAAUAAAGCAUUUCCUAUUGAAAUAAACAGAAAUAAGACCAUUCAUCAACUCAAGGAAGUUAUUGAGAAAAGAUUACCAUUUCAUGAUUUCAAUGCAUAUUAUGUAAGGCCACCUAUACCUCCUGUUAAAUUUGAUCUUGUAUGUAAGUGGAAACUUUUGAAAGAAGAGGGAACAGUAAAAUACGUAGAUAAAAAUUGUAAUCUUAAGGUAACAUUAUGUGAAGGUCUUCUUUGCACAAAAAAUGAAAAGUAUAGUUUAUUUAUAGAAUUUAUACGAGUACCCAAGGGAUUAAAACCUAACCCCUUUGAUUUUCGCAACAUAAAAAUUAACGAUAUGACUUUUAUGUAUUACAUUCAAAUAGAAAUUAGUGAUAGUGCAACCUCCGAAGGAAAACUCGAGGAACCUCCAAAUAUAAUCGAAACAAUUCCCUGA